AAUUUACCUCGUGCCUUUUACAAGCACGUCCUCCCUAUAACCGGAAUCGAGAGAUAAGAGUUUGAAACUCUUCAUUUUUUCCAUUUUUUCACAGUUCAGUCUUCUCUCCUUCUUCGAGAGAGCUCCAUCUUCAAAGACUGCAACUCAGACCAGGAUAAGUGGUCAAUGACAUCCCAGCUAGUUCGCGAAUGGAUUGGUAUUCAGCAGUUCCCUGCUGCAACUCAAACUAAACUGUUUGAGUUACUUGGGAAACUAAAGCAAGAGGAAGUGAGCACGUUGACAAUUCUUGUAAUGGGGAAAGGUGGAGUUGGAAAAUCUUCAACUGUGAAUUCCCUUGUUGGAGAACGAAUCGUAGCUGUCAGUGCAUUCCAGUCUGAAGCAUCACGACCUGUUAUGGUAUCACGAUCAAGGGCAGGGUUCACAUUGAACAUCAUUGACACCCCUGGACUUAUAGAAGGAGGAUAUGUCAAAGAUCAAGCUCUUGAGAUUAUAAAACGGUUUCUUCUGAACAAGACGAUUGAUGUUUUGCUCUAUGUAGACCGCUUGGAUGCCUAUAGAGUGGAUAAUUUGGAUAGACAAAUUAUUAAGGCUAUUAGUGAUAGCUUUGGUAAAGCAAUAUGGCGUCGAGGUGUGCUUGUCCUCACACAUGCUCAGCUCUCUCCGCCUGAUGGAUUGAAUUACGAAAAAUUCGUUGAAAGAAGAUCAAAUGCGCUUCUGAAGGUUGUCCGCAUGGGAGCUCAGAUAAAAAAUCAAGAACUCCAGGACUUCCAAACUCCGGUUGUGUUGGUUGAGAACAGCGGGAGGUGCAAUACAAACGACGGCGGUGAAAAGAUUCUUCCAAAUGGCAUUGCGUGGAUUCCUCAUUUGGUACAGACAAUCACAGAUAUUGUGUCGAAUGGAAGCAAAUCAAUUUUAGUUGAUAAGAAGUUAAUUGAAGGACCUAAUCCUAAUGAAAGAUUCAAGUUCUUUAUCCCUCUCCUUUUGGCCUUUCAGUAUUUUGGUGUUGUUAAACAUAUUCAAAGAGCUAUCAAGAAUGAUGCCAAGAGCGAAAAUAAGCCUCUGUGGGAAUUAAGAGAUUUAGGUUUGGCCAAUCGCAGGUACUAAAGUAGUAUGGACUUUGUACCUGUAAAUGAAAUUACCUCCUGGUAGUUUUGUCAGUUGAUCUCUUAGGUUCUUAGUUGCCCCAGUCUUCAUCUUCUUCGGCAGAACUUUUUUGUUGGAUUUGAGUUCUUUUCUUCUAUUCUCUCUAGUAUGUUUUCAAGCUUUUAUUUGGAUGAUCAAUAUAUAUAAGUAUAUCUUUAUCUAUUCUAUUUAGUUCACAGUUUGAGGCGAA